CCUGCAGUAUUCCUUCCAGGACUGUUUGAAAGGCAGCCACAGCUGAGGACGAUGAAGAAAAGGAGGAGGGGAGGAAAAGAAGAAGAAGACGACGACGACGACGAUGACGAAGAAGAAGAAGAAGAAGAAGAAGAAGAAGAAGAAGAAGAAGAAGAAGAAGAAGAAGAAGAAGAAGAAGAAGAGGAAGAGGAAGAAGACGAAGACGACGGUGAGGAAGAAGACGACGACGACGAAGAUAGACAAUGAUGACGACGACGAAGAAGAAAGAAGAAGUCGACGGCGAAGAAAGAAGAAGGAAGAAGAGGAGGACAAAGAAGAAGACGAAGACGAAGAAGAAAAAGAAAAGAAGAAGAAGACGACGACGACGACGACGACGAAGAAGAAGAAGAAGAAGAAGAAGAAGAAGAAGAAGAAGACAAUGAGGAAGAGGAGGAAGAAGAAGAAGAAGAAGACAAUGAGGAAGAGGAAGAAGAAGAAGAAGAAGAAGAAGAAGAAGAAAGGAGGAGGAGGAGGAGGAGGAGGAGGAGGACUCUCCAAUUACCAUCUGAGAUGUCAAAAAUGUCAAGGCUUGUAAAGAGGAAAAGUGUAUGCUGUCCCAGCUGUCUAGAAAUGCCAUGCGAACAACAUUCGGCCAUGGGGCACCUAAAAAUUCCCUAACUCGUAAAAAUAGAAGAUAAAAUUUACAGCUGUGCAAUGUGUUGACAAGUGGGCGUAUACCAGUAAGUGGUAGUGCAGAUGAUUGGUCCAUGCCAGCCAGUGAGAAAGUGGAGCGAUGGGUCUAUGUACUGGAGCGAUGGGUCUAUGUACUGGAGCGAUGGGUCUAUGUACUGGAGCGAUGUUUUCUUAGGAUGACUGCCACAUUUUG